UGCCCAGCUGUAACUUCAUGUUUACCAACACUUUUCAAAAAUUAUAAAAUUUAAUGUAAUUUUUGGGUAUUAUGGCUCUCACAAAGGUUUAUGAUUCUGCCACUGUGUUAAAGCAUUUGGGUGGCAUUUUAAAUAUAUACAAGCCGGCGGGCAUGAAGGUAAAGCACGUAAGAAAUGCCAUUCUCAGCAACAUUUGCAAGGGACUAAACGAAAUGAAACAACGGGAACCUCGUAAACUGCCGGAGAACAAACCCUUAUUAGGAACAGGCACCGCCGCCGACCCAGUCCUGCACAACAUAGCUGGACAUACGGAUCUGUCUGACCACGUUCUGUCCGCCGGACCGCGAUACCUUCCGCGGGACCUUAGCUGCGCCACAGUGACCAGCCUGGGGGAUCACACCAGCGGAGUUCUACUCUUCGGAAUCAACAGGGGAACGGGGCAAGCCACCAGCAUUCGGAAAAACCGCCCUGUGCGAGUCUAUCACAUCACCGGUUGCCUGGGCAGCGCCACAGAAACCCACCUGCCAGACUCACGGGUCACAAUCCGCUCCAACCACCGUCACGUGUCUGCGGACCGAAUUAGCGGCCUAGCAGCCUCUAUGCAGGCCUCGCAUCAGCGUAAAAUGUUCGAGCUGUGCGGCGUUGAUUUGCAGACUCAGGAGGCCUAUGAGCUGGCCUGUAGGGGUCUUCUCCGCCCUGCUGACGACAGCCUACCAGUCGUCUAUGGUUUAAAACUAAUCCACUUCGACCGGCCAAACUUCACAAUGGAAGUGCACGCCAUCAACGAGACGCAGGAGUAUCUGGUCGCCCUCGUGCACGACAUGGCCUUGGAACUACGCACGGUGGCACACUGUUCGCACCUGCGCUGCGUGCGGCACGGUCACUUCGAUGUGAAGGAUAGCCUGCUCCGGCACUCCUGGCACUUGCCAGGAAUUAUCAAGAACCUUCGCCAUCAACGGGACAUCCUACGUGCACACCCACAGCUUCUGCGACAGCAACAAGUCGAGCUCCAAGCUACAAGCUGAUCAAAACUAGGUUUUUUUUAAUUUAACUUUAGUCAUUAGAUAAUAAACAAUUUUUGUUUAAAACUAUUUUUGAAAUUAAAAAAGCUUUAUAAAACGGUUUAACUGUCGCUAAAUAUGUUGUUGUAAAGAUGUUUAAUGCUUUAUGUUACUUCUCUUUAAUUUGUUUUCAUCUAAUAAGUCCAAGAUCAGCAAAUUAAGUAAACAGUAAAAGAAAACAGUUCUGAGGGGACAAAGGGCCAACGAACCUAUUUAAUUUU